AUGGCCACCGCGCUGCGCGGCCGGUUCUGCCUGCUGGGAUCUGAGCCGGGGGAGCAGAAUUGCCUGGUCAGCAGCGUCACCGAAUGCGGCAAUAUCGAUGAGGGGGCCAUAGAGACCCACCUAAUUCGAAAAUCAAGUGGAGGGCUGACGUACAUCGCUGAGUGGAAGGGUGGGCUGCUUGAACACAAGAUGGGACAUCUGACUUGUUUUGCCGGAGGCAUGUUUGCUCUAGGAGCAGAUGGAGCACCUCAUGACAAGACGGGCCAUCACAUCGAGCUCGGUGCUGAAAUUGCUAGGACUUGCCAUGAAUCCUAUGAUCGUACAAGCAUGAAACUGGGACCAGAAGCCUUCAGAUUUGAUGGUGGUGUUGAGGCCAUUGCUACAAGACAGAAUGAAAAAUACUACAUCCUACGACCAGAAGUCAUAGAGACGUACAUGUACAUGUGGCGGCUCACUCAUGACCCCAAGUACAGGCAGUGGGGAUGGGAAGCUGUAGAGGCACUGGAAAAACACUGCAGAGUCGAUGGUGGCUAUUCUGGCAUUAGAGACGUUUAUAACAAUCAUGAAAGCCAUGACGAUGUGCAGCAAAGUUUCUUCCUUUCAGAGACACUCAAGUACUUGUAUUUGCUGUUUUCUGAAGAUGAUCUUCUUCCAUUUGAACACUGGGUCUUUAACACAGAGGCUCAUCCUCUGCCUAUUCUUCACAAAGACUAUGAGAAUAAGGAAGAAAACCAGAAAUAGAUGAAGUUAUGCUUUGUUUCAUUCCUUAGGUUUCUUUCCAGGACUUGGGCACAUGAUUUGGUUUUAAAUUCCUGAGUUAAAUUUUUAAAUCAAGUGUUUUGCAGUCUGUUUUCUUUAACAGUAAAUAUUUAUGAAUGGACCCAAACUAAUUAUAAAAUCUCUAAUCUAACUGAACCACUGCUUAGAAGAGAAAUAGGACAUAACUCCAGAUUUUGUUAGGCUGCAGCGUCAUCUUGGCCAAAAAGAGCAGAGAGUCUGCAUGUUACUUGUUUCCCGUUAUGCUUAUAAUUUGACUGCAAAAUUUUUUCUCCUCUGUGAGGAGAUGUCUGCUUUAAGCUGUAAUAUUUUGCCAUGUUGCAAAAAGCCAUAUUGAAUUAAGUAUAAAGAGCUUUUUUCUUUU